AUGACUGUGUAUGGAUUCUCUGGACGCGGGUAUUCCGAUGGAGGUCGUCCUGGCGGCAGUCAGUAUUGCGGCGGCCGCGGAGGUGAUUACGGCGACUCCGGCAGUGAUGCUGGCGGCGGCAGCGGUCCUCGCAGAGACCGUUCUGACCCACCACCUCCUGAGCUUGUUGAGAGACUCCGCGGCUUGCUCGGUGGUAUAGCCAGACAAGGAGGUCGUGGAGGACCACCGGGAGGACGAUGGGCAGGCGGUCCGGAAGAUACCUGUCCCGAUUACGGUGGGCACCAUGGGCACGGAGGCGGCCCUCCUAGAUACGGAGGUGGAUAUGGGGACAGCUACAGUGGUUAUUCUGAGGGCUAUAGCAGUGGUGCAGGACCCUGGGGCGGUUACUAUGGCGGUCGCUUCUAG